UUUCCGGACACUUGUUCUGUGCUGGAUCAUCGUCUGGGAAACCAGAGUUAGUAUAAAACCCAGAGCCAGAAGGGAUUCACUUCAAGGAAAAGCUGUGCACCUUGAGGAGUCUGUUGGAUAAACCAGUGACUGAUUGCGGAACGGUGAUGCGCGUGAGAGAGAAAGUUUAACCACGCGCAAACAGAAGGGGCUCUCUUCUUUUUUUAUCCAAAGAAAGUUUUUGAACAAACUUUUCCUGGCACUAGUACCAUAAUUGUAACUGGUUUUGAGCUCCUGUUUGGACAUGGCAGAGGGAGACUACUACACUUUGGGGAACCGGCAGAGGUUUCCCAGGGAUCCGUUUGGAGAGUCGCCGUUCAGAGACCAGUCACCAUUCAGGGAUCAGGCGCCGUUCAGGGAUCAGCUCGCCUCUCGGUUCAUGGAGGAUGAAUUUGGGAUGCCACAUUUCCCCGAUGAUCUUGCGAUGGACUGGCCGGGCUGGGCUCGGCCUGGCCGGCUCAGCUCGCGCCUCACACCGUCGCCCUUCAGCAGCAGUUUACGCACAGGCUUCCCCGCGCGGCAGUCCACGGGAGGAGGCCCCCCAAUGUACACCAGCAGAUACACCGAGCCCUCAUCCUCGCCCAUCACCACCGGGGGAGAGCCCUGGAAAGUGUGUGUGAACGUGCACAGCUUCAAACCAGAAGAACUACACAUCAAAACGAGAGACGGAUUUGUAGAGGUGUCAGGAAAGCAUGAAGAGAAGCAGGAAGAAGGAGGCAUCGUGACAAAGAACUUCACAAAGAAGAUACAGAUCCCGAUAGAUGUGGACCCGCUUACUGUUUUCGCCUCCUUGUCCCCUGAGGGCGUCCUCAUCAUCGAAGCCCGGCAGACGCCUCCGUAUUCCCUCUUCAGCAACGAAGGCUGCCAGGUGGGCGACACGUUGGAGGCGGAGGCCCUAAAGCCCCAAGAGGCCUCUACAGCCUAAACCCCCAAAUCCAUACAAACAUAACAAAACAUGUUGCACAACUGAUGACAAGUUUGACAAGAAAUGUGUCCCUCAGCUUUAUGUAGACACCUGGAUCUCCAAUGAGUCAAAUAUGCAAGAAAACAAUGUUGUCAGGUUAAGGUCACCACGUUUUAUAUAUGAGCAGAAAAGUGAAAACACUCUUAUGUAUCACCCCCAGAGCAAUAUACAAACAGGAACAACUGGUGUUACCUCUCUUUUAUGUUAAGAAAUAUAACCCUUACCCUUAAAUAUGAAAAAAUCUACAAAAUAAAAGAUGUCCA